UAGACAACACCACCCCACAGCAAAAUGGCGGCUCCUCAAGCACCAGCACCACCCCUGUACAAGAACAUCAUCGUGUCCGGUGGGGCCCGCGGCAUUGGCCGGGCCCUGACUCGGAUGAUGCUCGAGGCCGGUCACCACGCCUACAUCUUGGACAUUGACGAGGAAGAGCUCGAGCAUACAGCCAAAGUCCACCUCCAGCAGUACUACGCAGACGGUAGACUAGGGUAUGCCAUCUGCGACCUUCGCAACGUGGAUGAGAUCCGAGCCAAAGUCAAGGAAGCUGCCGCCUUUUUCAACGAACGCAUCGAUGUUCUCAUCAACAACGGCGGUAUCGCCACACCACAGUGGAAGGAUGGCAAGACGAUGGAAGACCCUUCAACAAUCGACGAGUGGAGAGCUUACAUGGACACUAACCUCACGGCUCCGUUUUCCAUGUCCCAAGCAUGCAUUCCCUAUAUGAAAGCGCGGGCAUCGGAUGUCGAACACGGAGCACACAUGCAGAAUGCAAACAACUCCAGCCCCGCGGGGCCGUGCAUUAUCCACAUUGGCUCGUUCCGCGCGCACCAGUCGGACCCAAACCAGGAGGGAUAUGCGUCGAGCAAGUCGGGUCAGAUAGGCCUGAUGCACUCGAUGGCCAUCAGUCUGGGUAGUCUGGGUAUCCGGGUCAACCUCAUUGCCCCCGGUCGUAUCAAGGUGGCACACGAGAGCAAGGAGGGCGACGAAAAGGGAACCGAUUGGGCCAGCCAGAUCAGCGAGAAGGAUAUUUCAGAUCAUCCAACCAACAGAGCUGGCAGGCCCAAGGAUAUCGCCGAUGCCGCUCUGUAUCUCAUCGAGGCAGGCUUCGUUACGGGACAGGACAUUACUCCAUUGGAGCCCGUGGAUGCGAGAAACAAGCCACUUGCGGAUAGCAGCAGUCUGAAGAAGACGUCAAAAGACAUGUCGUGCAGUAUUGAAAUAAUUACGACGCCUACGGCUGACAGCCCUGGCACAACGCUGGUGUUGAGGACGGCGAGCAAGCACUAUGUUUUUGGCAAUAUGGCUGAGGGCACGCAGCGUGCAAUGGUGCAACAAGGGACGCGCUUGCUGAAGGCACAGGACUUCUUCUUGACUGGAAAGGCCGAGUGGCAGAAUAUGGGCGGGCUCAUUGGCAUGAUGCUCACACUGGCCGACGCGAGCACAAGCUCUUAUACUACUGCCAUGGAAACAUUCAAGCUGGCGCAAGAGCGGGGCAAAAAGGCUGAUGAGCCGGUCAAGCCGCAUUUCGACGUGUACGGCCCACCCAACUUGAAGCACACGGUGGGCACCUGUCGGAGGUUCAUCUUCCGGAAAGGUAUACCCAUUGUUGCGACCGAAUACACCAAGCAGUCGCCGGAAAAAGAUGCAAAUGGUACCAUACUCCCCACCUGGCAGGACUCCAACAUCAACGUAUGGGCCAUGUCCAUCUCUCCGGCUGUAUCGAAACCAGAUGUCAUGGCAGAAGCCGAACUCGAAGCACGGCGGCAGCACUUUGACGCACACCUAAACACGUUUGAGGAUUUCCAGGCUCCCGAGAACGAGACUCCAAAAGCCCGUGAGCUUAGAUACGACAAGAUACGGACCGCGACUAUCAAGUACAUGUUUGAUUCAAACUGGAGCUUCGAUACGCUGGUAGAGCAGCACAUAUCUGCGGUGAAUAUGCCCGCUGCCAUGUUCGUUCGCAACCCAGAAACGCAUGCCUAUGAACCUUACACCGGUCCAAAGCCAGGAGGGCCAGAUCCUCUUCCUGAUAUUACCGUCUGGACCCGAACUCCCUGGCCUGGUGCUCAAAUCCUGGCUCUUCCGCCCACCCAACCCGCCAAAGAGUGUAUUUCGUACAUUGUGCGAUCGCACCCUACUCGCGGACAGUUUGAUGUUGCGCGCGCAAAGGAACUGGGCAUCACUCCAGGCCCGCAAUUUGGCCAGCUUUCAAAGGGUAUAUCGGUCCAGAAUGCCAAUGGAGAUUGGGUUACGCCAGAGCAAGUCAUGGGCGCUGAUAGGCCUGGCCAAGGAAUUGCCAUUCUCGACGUGCCCUCGGUUGAUUAUGUCGAGAGCAUAGUUCAGCGGGAAGAACUCCAUUCACCAGAAGUCAUGCAAGGCAUCGGGGCCAUUGUCUGGGCGCUUGGUCCCGGUGUGGUUGGCCACCCUACUCUGGCAGAGUUCAUGGAGAAGUUGAGUAAUGUGGAGCAUGUCAUAUCUUCCAUAGAUACUGCACCGAACCGUAUCACUAAUGAUUCGGUCGCUACACAAGCUACUCGCCUGGGGCUAGUAGACCCUGCCAGAUAUUCCACGCCCGUGUUCGACGCUACUAGCGUGCCUCAGAAGAGUUUGUACAGAAAUGGUCAGCCAACCUCUUCUGAGAUGCCGAGAGGUGCCAUUGCCGCUGAUCGAGGGUUAACAUUCACGCUAAUGCCAAAAUUCUCUAUGAAGAAGGAGACGAUUUCAAAGCUCUUUGACGAUGGAAUAGUCAGAAACGAAACAGCGCCUGAGGUCAUUGAGCUCGCCAAGAAAGCCCAGGAAACGGUACAGCUCAAUCGGGGUGAUAUGACCCUGUGGAGACAGCUACUGGCACGCCCAGAUACCGAAGUCACCACGCUUGGCACAGGUUCAGCCUUGCCGUCAAAGUAUCGCAACGUUUCUGCGACGCUGGUUCGUGUGCCAGGUAUUGGAAACUACCUCUUUGACUGUGGUGAGAACACUCUGGGCCAGCUCUCCAGAGUCUUCCCCUACGAAGAGCUCAUCGACAUUCUCAAAAACCUAAGGGUCAUUUGGAUCAGCCAUCUGCACGCCGAUCACCACUUGGGCACUACAGCUGUGAUCCGAGCCUGGUACCAAGUAGUACACAACAGCGUGCCAAACACGCAGCCACUCGGCAAUUCGGUGGGCGGCCUCGAUGCCAGCGCUUAUGGCCUUUCUGUCAUCUCACAUAGUGGUAUGCUCCAGUGGCUCAAUGAGUACUCUGCGAUUGAAGAUUUUGGGUACAGUCGCAUCUUGCCUCUACAAAUCACGGCAAACGAACAGCGCAACCCUUCACGACUGUCAAUCCUGAAUUCGUUCGGGAAGGAAGAGGCGGAAAACCCGGCCGUGUAUAGGCGGGUAUACGAGCAACUCUUUGGGUUCGAAGACAUUCAGGCCGCGAAAGUAGCGCACUGCCAUGGUGCCAUGGCCGUUUCGAUGACCUUCCCGCGCUCACCCUCAGACCUUGAGGAUGUAGAGCCCCUCAAAGUCAGCUACUCGGGUGACUGCCGACCUAGCUACCACUUCUCAAAGAUUGGCAAGGACACCACGGUGCUCAUUCAUGAAGCUACAUUCGACGAUGCGUUGCAGGGUGAUGCAAAAGCCAAGAAGCACUCAACGACUUCUGAGGCUCUUGGCAUUGGCGCCCAGAUGAAUGCCAAGGCUGUUGUCCUGACGCACUUCAGCCAACGGUAUCAGAAGAUCCCUGUGCUGCAGACGGUCACAGACGGCGAGCAAGAAGACCCACUCCUUGACCCCGCCAAAGUGGCUGAAGACGUUCCCGAGGAUGACGAAAUGGACCCAACCCUGGACAAUGCGGACAACAUGGACAUACAUCCUACCAUUGCCCCCGCUCGCGAAGCAGCAAAGCCUAUCCCGACCUUGCAGCACCAAGUCUCGUCCUUGGGCGAGAACGAGCGCGUGAUCAAGAUUCGCAAUAAAGACUUGAAAGUGGCUAUUGCAUUUGACUACAUGCGCGUCAAGAUUGGAGAGAUAUGUGAGCUGGAACACUUUAACGAGGCAUUGAAUACAUUGCUACUCAAGGAGGUGCAGGCAGACGCUGAGACGCAGGACGUGAAUGAUUCGAUGAGCAAUGGCAAGCGUGCCAGCGAGGACGAUGGAGAGGGGGGGAAGGCAAACAAGAAGAAGCAGAAGCAACAGCAACAGCAACAGAAGAGCAAAAAGCAAAAGAGCCAGAGGAAUAACUAG